UGAAACCUAAAUUUAUAGUUUGAACUUUACUAGGAGCUAAAUAUAUGGUUAUUAGUAGAACAGUAGUCCAUACCAAACGGUAUAUUAAGUAUCAAUAUAAGAUUUAUAAAUAAUACCUACAAAAACACAAAUAAAUUCAUCAAUACAUGAUCCCAUUUUCAUUUCAGUCGCCAUUAUGAGUAACUAAUUAUGACAUUUUAGAUGUUUUACCAGCAGGUUUUACGUUUUUGCUCUUUGCGCAGAAAUUGGCGCAGUUCUUGUACAAGAAUCUGUGUCUGACUCAAAUUCUUGUAUCGUUUCUGAUAUUGUUUCUUGUAUCUGUGUAUGACACUAUGCAUUUUUUGACAUAUCAGAAAUGAUAUUAGAAAUGAUACAAGAAAAUGUAUAGUGUCAUACAGCCUUAAGGUUUUCGCUAGCCGCAAAUGGCCGCAAGUGCAUAUGACUAGCCCAGUCUCUCCUUAACAUGUCUCUGGACGGGUGUCUCUGUUCUGUUGUUGACAGUUGACAGUUUAUCUGUGGUGAUCUGUGAUGAAUUAAGAAAAAACCUAAAAACCAGUAGUUUUUUUGUUUUAAAAAACCAGUAUUUUUUUAGACCAGUUUCAUUUUAAGUGUAAAUAUAUUUCUGGAAUACAAAUCAAAUGGAAGUUAAACAAGAAGUUAUGGAAAAGACGUGUAAAAUAGAAAUAGUUAAUAAGGAGGUGCAUGAUGCUCAUCUAGAUACCUUUAAAACUGAGAUUAAGGAAGAACCCCACACAGAAAGUGCACAGAAUCCAUUCGAUAAUUUAAACUAUAAUAUAAUAUAUCCUUUAAAUACAGAAAUAAAAUAUGAUGAGGACAAACUGUGCCACCUUGAAGUAAAACAAACACAAGAAAGUUUCAUAUCUGAAGAUACACCAACUGAUGAAAACAACGAAUUCAAGAAUCGUAUUAUAAGUAACCAACCGAACCAAUGUACAUCUUACACCAAGAAGGUGAACGCUGUAGAAAAACCUUUUGCAUGUAAAUGCUGCAAUAAACAAUUUUCACGUAGUUCUAACUUAAAAGUUCACAUGAUAACGCACUUAAGAAUACCCUAUACCAACUAUGAGGAUAAACAAAUGUAUGUGUGUAAAAUAUGUUCAAAAGAAUAUCCACGUCGUUAUAACUUAAAAGUUCACAUGGUAACUCACGCUGGGGAAAAUCCUUUCGCAUGCGAAAUAUGUGCUAAACGGUUUUCACAAAAACGUCAUUUAAGAAAGCAUAUGUCAACACAUUAUCAAAAACGAUUUAAAUGUGAAAUAUGCUCUAAAGAGUUUACUAAAAGUUCUUCUUUAAAAGUUCACAUAAAAAAGCACGCUAAUGAGAAUACUUUUGCGUGUGAAGUGUGCACCAAACAGUUUACUAAAAGUUCUUCUUUAAAAGUACAUAUGAAAAUGCAUUCUGGGGAAAGUAAAUUUGAAUGUGAAAUAUGUACCAAACAGUUUUCACAAAAUACUCAUUUAAAAGACCAUAUGUCAACCCAUUCUCAAGAAAAACGAUUUAAAUGUGAAAUUUGUUGCAAACAGUUUUCACGCGGUUCUUCUUUAAAACGACAUAUAAAAAUGCACACUGAAGACGACCUUUUUGCUUGUAAAAUUUGUCCCAAAAAAUUUAUACGAGAGAGUAAUUUAAGAAAACAUUUGUGUGUACAUACAUUCUGGAAAUGUGAAAUAUGCACCGAACAGUUUACUCUUCUUUCUUCUUUAAAAUUACAUAUAAAUAUGCACACUAAAAAAAGUCAAUUCCGCAUUGAUUCUAGAAAAAAAGUAUAUAGGUACCUAUUGUUUUUCAGUUUAAUAACUAUGGAAUUCAAAGCUGAAAUUAAAGAAGAGCUGGCUGAAAAUAAUGAAAGAAGUCAGUUACCCACAUCAACAGAUAUUGGAAAUUUGAAAAAUGAACCAGAAGAUCAAUCAUCAAUGGUCAAAGGUGAAAUUAAGAAAGAAUUUUCUAAAGAUGACCAAGGACAUAUAGAGAGUCUACUAUUUACAUCUCCAGAUAUGAAAGAUUUGAACAAUGAACUACAUGCAGAUAAGUCAGGUUUUCCCCAAGCGAAUACAUCCGAAAUUAUGAAAACAUUCAUAUGUGAAAUUUGUUUUAAGCAAUGCACUCGAAAAGCUGACUUGAAAAGUCAUAUGAGAAUUCACACUGGAGAAAAACCUUACAAGUGUGAAAUUUGUUUUAAACUAUUUGCUCAUUCAAAUACUUUGAAGAACCAUAUGGUAUUGCACACUGGAGUAAAACCUUACAAGUGUGAAAUCUGUUUUAAGCCAUUUUCUCAUUCAACUACUUUGAAACAACAUAUGCUAUUGCACACUGGGGAAAAACCUUAUGAGUGUGAAAUUUGUUUCAAGCAGUUUUCUCGGCCAGGUCGUGUGAGUCGACAUAUUAGAUUGCACACUGGCGAAAAACCAUACAAGUGUGAAAUUUGUCUUAAGCGGUUUGUCCAAAAAAGCAAUUUACAAGAACAUAUGAGAACCCAUACUGGAGAAAAGCCAUACGAGUGUGAAGUUUGUUUUAAGAAAUUUACUGCAGCACAUUCUUUAAAAAGUCAUAAGAGAGCGCACACUGGGGAGAAACCUUACAAGUGUGAAAUUUGUUUGAAGCAAUUUUCUGUGGCAAACACUUUGAAACAACACAUGAGGUUACACACUGGACAAACACUUAAGGCACACAAGUGUGAAAUUUGUUUUAAGCAGUUUGUUAAGUCGAAUGCUUUGAAAGAACAUAUGAGAUUGCACACUGGGGAAAAACCAUACCAGUGUGAUAUUUGUUGUAAGCAGUUUAGUCAAAAUAGCAAAUUGAAAGAACAUAUGAGAAGGCAUACUGGAGAAAAGCCAUACAAGUGUGAAAUUUGUUUUAAGGAGUUUUCUCAUAGUUCCAAUUUGAAAAUACAUUUAGGAAAACAUGCUGGAAAUAAUCUUUAAGUAUAAAAUUUGUAAGUCUUUAAGUAUAAGUUUCUUAAUAAAAAAUCCUACAUAGAAAAUAGACACUUCCUUGUGAAGCACGGUACCGAGCACACUAGGAUAUGUCCUAGGCAAUUAUCCCGCAAGGUAGCGUCCUCGGGCCAAUUAUAUAUCUCUUAUAAACAGCGGACAUUCCAACAUCUAGAACAACUACAGUUGCAAAGUAUGCAGAUACUGCCAUUCUUGCAUCUCAUAUAGAUCCAUCAACAGCAUCAAGAAACCUUCAAUUAAAUUUAAAUAGAAUUCAGCAAUGGAUGAAAGUAUGUCGCAUCAAAUCUAAUGGAACUAAAUCAUUACAUUUAACAUUCACGCUACGUAGAAAAACCUGCCUCCCUGUAUAUAUUGAUAAUUUUUUUUUUCUUCAACAAACGCAAACAGCUUGGAUUCAAAUUCUCUGAUUAAAAAUUUUACUUUUUUUAAUUUUACUCUUACAUGUCCAUCCUCAAGCCCAUAUUAACUUAUGGGAUUCAGCUAUGGGGCACUGCCAGUGUCUCACUGUUAGACAAUUAAAUUUUCAUGACGUCUUUGAAGCGCUUAGACUAAAACGGCAAGUGCCGUCCGACUUGACCAAUUUAACGUAAUCGAGUGUAUUCAGACUAAUGCAAUUUGUAGAAUUGUAAAAAGGUUACUCAGUGGAGUAACUUUCUAUUUGUCUGUAUUUCUAACAAAACAAAUGCAUAAUGCCCAUGGGCAGAUUGUUGUACUCAAUGGAGUUAAUAAAAAAUAAUAAGUUUUUUAAAAAGUUAUAAGAACGCACACUGGAGAGAAACCUUACAAGUGUGAAAUUUGUUUGAAGCAAUUUUCUGUGUCAGGCGCUUUGAAACAACACAUGAGAUUUCACACGGAACAAAUACUUAAAGCGCACGUGUCAAAUUUGUUUUAGGCAGUUUGUUAAGUCGAAUGCUUUGAAAGAACAUAUGAGAUUGCACACUUGAGAAAAACCAUACCAGUGUGAAAUUUGUUUUAAGUAAUUUAGUCAAAAUAGUAAAUUGAAAGAACAUACAGUUGAGUCCGCGAGUCUUUACCCGUGCGUCAUCAUUUAAAGCAUACGAAAUAAGUCGGAAAUUUACUAAACGCAAGGUCAAGUGGAUAUUAUUCCGAUCGCGGGUUAUAGUAUAAAAUUUGACGUUAUCAAAUAAAUAGAAUGUCAAAUUUAAGUCUUGCUUUAAAAUUUUGGUGCAUAAUUACAGCUACAUUUGAAGUAGCUUAAUAAAUUAUUUUAUUAUCAUUGAUUAAUAAAUAAAUCAACAAUUUAUAAAAGAAUUCAAUACCAUAUUUUCUUUUUGUUAUUUUAUUCACUUUGGCUGAACCUUAAACACAAGCAUUCAACUGUGUCAACAAUGAGGUUAGCUUUGUACGUUGUCAAAAUUUAUCGUAAAAUAACAUAAACUUAUUACAAAAUUUCUAACUUCAAUAUAAAAUUAGUUGUGAAAUCAACUGUUUGUAUACUAUAAAAAACUUCAAAAUGCAAAAAUUCGACAAAAUAACAGCAAAAAUUCAACAAACUGACAGCCACAAAAGUAAACAAACCAAAACGUCAGAAAGGACAUCCUAAGUCUUGACGUCACAAAAUUGGGAGGAGCUUAUAUUUGGCUCCAAACAAUUUUGUUUAUAAUGUUAAACACUCAUAAGGAAUUUUUAAUUUAUUGUUUACGUGGUUUGUGUGACAAAAUAAGACUUUUCAUUUAGGUAUUUAGUUAAAGAAACGUGCCAAUUAAGAGAUUUGUAUUCGUUUUGGCCCAGGUGAGUUAAUUUAAUGCAAUGAUUAGAACGUAAACAGUGUUGAGGUUAUGUUUAUUUUCAAUCACUAAGGAAUAAAAACCACCUGAGCAAAAACGAAUAAAAAUUAACACGUUUCUUUAACGAAAUACGUAAAUGAAGUCUUAUUUUGCCACACAAAGCACAUAAAUGAAAAAUUCCUUAUGACCAUUUAACCUCACAAUCAAAAUUGUUUGGAGCCAAUAUAAGCUCCUCCCAAUUUUGUGACAUUUGUGACGUCAGACUUAGGCUGUCCAUUGUACUUAAAAUAUGUGAAGACAAUAUCCCCAAUUGUCUUUCUUUGUACCUAUCUCUUUUUAAUGCAGUGAGUCUACAUAGUUCAUAAAAAUAACAUAUGUUUUUACUUAAUAACAGGCGGCAGCUGGUUUGUCAUUAAUUUCAUGCUUGGAAGAGAAUGAUGCUAAAUAAAAAGUAUGUGUUUUAUCUCGCCAUGUAUUAAUGACGCACGGGUAAAGACUCGCGGACUCAACUGUAUGAGAAGGCAUUCUGGAGAAAAGCCAUACAAGUGUGAAAUUUGUUUUAAAGAGUUUUCUUAUAGUUGUAAUUUGAAAAUACGUUUAGGAAAACAUGCCGAAGAGAAUCCUUAGACUCUUGUUUUUAGAAGAGAAAUCCCGUAGCGAAAUAAAAAAGCGCCUGUGUGCUGUAAGCGGUGACUCUUCUCCUUCGAUGGAAACCGUCAAAAAAUAGUUUAACGAGUUUCAACGUGGUGGCAAGUCGGUUUUUGAUAAGUCACUCCCAGUUGCCUCGAAAAUGGCUACCACUGAGGAUAAAGUGAAAGAAAUCCACGAUCUCGUAUUGUUAGACCGCCGAAUGAAGGUGCGUGAAAUAGCCGAGACAGUAGGCAUCUCAAAAGAUCUCGUUGGUUAUAUUCUGCAUGAAAUUUUGGCCAUAAAAAAAGCUAUUCGCCGCAUUUUCUAACUUCGAACAAUAAACGCAACCAUGAGACCACUUCAGAGCAGUGUCUGAUGCUGUUUCAGCGUAAUCCAAAUGAGUUUCUACGUUAUUUCAUAACCGUCAACGAAACAUGGUUCCACUGGUAUACACCAGAGUCCAAGGAUGAGUCGAUACAGUGGACGUCACCCUACGAACGUGCUCCGAGGAGGGCGAAUAUUGUCCAAUCCACCGGAAAGGUGAUGACUGCCAUUUUCUGGGAUUCACAAGAUGUGAUUUAUAUCCAAUUCCAGGAAAAGGGCAAAACAAUCACAGAGCUUUACUAUGCCGCAUUAUUACCCCGAUUCAAUAUGAGCGGCCGUGGGUAACGGCAUAAACGCUGGCCUCAUACGCCAGUAGACGUGGGUUCGAUCCCUGCCAAAGACAAACCAUUUUCAUUUCCAAUAAUGACACGAGCCGUCUCACCGUGCCUCGGAGAGUACGUUAAGCCGUCGGUCCCCCUGGGCUAGUGUACAUCGACACUAGUUACUUGAAACAGGGUUAAAGAUGUAAUUGGCGCUGGAACUAUCCGAAAGGAUCUCCCCGGCAAAAAUGCCAUACGAUAUUAUUAUUAUUACCCCGAUUCAACGCGACUUUCAGCAAAAACAGCCUCAAUUGGAGAAGGAAAAAUACUGUUCCACUAUGACAACGCUCUGGCUCACACCUCCGCAGGCUGAGCAUCGCUGGGUCAAGUGUAUCGAGCUAAAAGGAGACUACGUUCAGAAAUAAAUUGCCAUUCUUCCAAAAUUUUCGUUUUUCUUUUGAAGGCUAAGUACUUAUCAGACCGCCCUAGUAGUGAUCUGCAGACGUACCUCUUAAAUGUUCUCUCACUGAUGAUUGCUUUACGUUAUUUUACGUGACCUCGACGUUAUUUUAUGUACAGUAGAACCCCGAUUAUCCGUGUGCGGAUUAUCCGUGCUAUGAUUUUCUAUUACUGAAGUUGCAUUUUUGGGUUUUUUAUUAAAGGGUACCCGUAAAUCACUCGACGGAAACUAUACUCCGAGAGGGAGACUCAUAAUGAGAGACUUAUUUUUUAUGUUAUCUUUUUUAUCGUAGGUACAUAUGUAUGUAGGUACAUGGUAGGUGCAUAUGUAUGUAUAAAUGUAUAUACUUACAUACCUACAUAUGAAUUAUAUAAGAAAUAAGUGUUCGGAUUAUCCGAGCUUUUCAAUUAUCCGUGUCACGUCCGGUUCCGAGGAGCACGGAUAAUAGGGGUUCUACUGUUUAAUAUUUAAUAUUCCGAUAACUAAUCGAAUAAAGGAUUACAGAUUACGGUAAAUAUUUAUUAAACAUAUGUGAUUACAAACUUUUGUACAUGUUUUAUUUUAGACCGGGACAAGUGCUCUAAUCUGAUUGACGUUGACAAUGUGACAAAUACACUGACACCUAAAGGUGUGUUCACACUAUACACUAAACACCUUCCCCUUAAAGAUCAAGUUUCACUGGGGGUUUAAUAGAUCGUCCAAAACGAGAUCUUUGAUAACCUGAAGUACCUGGGUCAGAGAUUACUUGUUCAUUUUUAUUAACAUCUAUUGUCCUAAAUAAUAGAUUGAUAUCAUCUACAAUAUCAUUAUUACUUAUAGGAAUCUGAUUAUUCAAAUAUGUUUUUUGUUCAGGUAUAUACUGGUCGGGAAACAAUUCGGGUUCCAACAUAGCAUCAUAAUUUGAUUUUGUUAAAGAUGGUUUUAAUUGACUGCUGUUGCGCCUAAUAACUUUAUUAUUACUUUCCUUACGUAUCCAGUAUGCUCUUGGUUCUCGAGCUUUCUCUAGAACAACUGCCUUAUACCAUAUUUUAUCUCUAUUACUUUUAACUACUACUUUAUCUACCUUUUUAUAUUCUAUUAAGGAUUUAGGACUCGUUUUAUCAUAAUGUAUUUUCAUCUUUUGUUUUUGUUCAUUUAUAUAAUAUACAAUAUGCAUUUGAAUUUCUGGUUCUAAUUUAUUUUGGGUCACUGGAAUUUGUGUUCGAAGUGUUCUACUUUGUAAAAUUUGAGCUGGGGAGGCUUUUAAACUACUGAUAGGGGUAUUAUUAUAUUCCAAGAGCAAGUCUCUAAAAUCACUUUUUUCUGCUAAACUUUUCCGUAAAAUUUGUUUUCCUAAGCUAACAGCCUUUUCAGACAAACCAUUGCUCUGAUGAUGGUAUGGUGUACAAGUAGAGACUGUGAUAUCCUUGUUCUUGUAAUAUUCCCUGCAUUUUAAUGAUACAAAGGGUAAAUUAUCUGCGAUUAAGUGCUGAGGGUAACCAAAUUUUGUAAACGCAUUCUGCAUCGCAUCUAUAACAGAUUCUGAAGUUUUAUUUUGUAAAGGACAUAUUUCAAUCCAAUGAGAGAAAUGAUCUAUUAAGAUUAGAUAUGCCUUUGCUCCAAAUUCCAGUAUGUCUGCUCCUAUUUUAUUAAAACGUAGUUUUGGGACUGAGUGGGGUAAUAGGGGUUCCCUACGAUUACUUGGCAUGUACUUUUCACAAGUUCGACAUUGUUUGAUAAAUAAUGUAAUGUCAGAUGACAUAUUUGGCCAAAAAAAUAACUGCCUAGCUUUAUGUAUAGUUUUAUUAAUGCCUAAAUGCCCUUUAUGUAUUAAAUUUAAAAUAAAAGACUUUAAACUAU